UUUUCCCAAACAUAAAAAAGUAUGAGCCUGACAUGGAGUCCGAAGUGCAGCUUGAGAUAGUUGGUCUUUUGAAAGAGCACAACUUUCAAAUCGCAAAAGGGACUGCAGAGGGUUUGAAACAGAAGUUUCCUGCGUCGUUCUCGGAUGUAAAGAUUCGACCGCUGCUUGAGUGUGCCUGGCAUGAAUAUUUAACCAAUAAGAAACAGGAACUGAAAGGUGAGGUGUGGGAAUAUAAGGGCAAACUGAUGUGUUUUGUCAACGGUCAACUUCUGGGAAAUGAAAAAGACUUGUCGAGGUGGGCUGAGGCACUGUGGGGAUUCACCUUCCAUAGGCCACACGCGCUGUUUCAGGCUCUGACCGAGGACGACUACACCAGACACCUCCAGAGCACCGGGCACACAUUUGUAUUCAUGGAUAUUGAAAUCCAAGGGGAGCCAGUUGGAAGGUUGUUGUUUGAGCUCUUUUCAGACCUGUGCCCAAAGACGUGCAAGAACUUCCAGGCACUCUGUGAAGGAGAUGCUCGUUCGUCCGAGAACAAUGUCGCGUUGACCUACAAGGGAUCUAUAUUUCACCGUGUCGUCCCCAAUGGCUGGAUCCAGGGUGGAGAUAUUUCACCUGGGGCCAGAGGAAAUGGUGGAGAGUCCAUUUAUGGACCAAUAUUUGAAGAUGAAAGCUUUGCUGUGCCACAUAGUAAGAGGGGAAUUUUAGCCAUGGCCAAUCAGGGGACUCACACCAACGCAUCUCAGUUCUACAUCACCCUGCAGCCUGCUCAUUGGAUGGACCGGAAAUAUGUGGCUUUUGGACAAGUGAUCGAAGGCACAGAAGUCCUUCAGAGACUGGAGCUUGUCCCCACCUUCAACGAGAGACCUCGAGACGAGUGCAAAGUGGCCGCCUGUGGAGUCUUUCUGUCUUGAUGUAAAAAUCAUUGCUGUUUUUUGCUAUAGAAAACCAAUUAAGCGGCAACUACACUCAAUUAUGUUGCAUCUGUUUUGUGCAGUUAUGGCAAUUGCACGCUAACGCUAUUGUGAAUCAACACAGCAUCGAUUGAUCGUCAUCAUCGAAAUGUAAUCAAUUUUCAAGAUAGUGAAACCCGGAUUGGAUGAAUGUGAAUAGUACAGAAAUGGUGUGUACAUGACUUAGGGACUUUGGGGAACACUGUGUCUGGGGGGGGUGUGAACUCAAAGUGUGAAUUUAAAUGAAUGAAAGUGGCAAAUAACAAUCCUUUAAAAGCUUUGUGUCAAUGAACAGCGUAAGGUUUCAUGCUACACAGGGCUCAGAUUAUGGGAACCAAAGAGGAUUUUACCAAUUCCGUACUGUUUAUGUUACAAAUCUGGGGCAAAGGUUUCAAGUGUUGCCCCAAUAGGUGUCAGCUAAAAGGAUGUGCCAGGAAAUCAGUGACUUGCCGAAAUCUGUUGAUCUGAGAUUGCAAGUUGCACAGCAGUGCAAUACAAUACUGGAAGAGUGGCUGGCAAAACCACAGGAAAAUAAGACUGCAAACACGGAAUCUGUGGAUCAAAGUUUAUAAAGUAUGGCUGUUUAACUAAGUAUCUGCCUGAAGUGUCAGAUUAAAUGGCUGUUCUUUGGAGAACAAUAGAUGUCCUUGUUCUUUGUAUUUUGAUUCAUAUUUUUCGAUUGUCCUGAAUGUGCACUAAGUACACAGGACCUACAUUGUUUUCCCGGCACUGUAAUAUGAUAUCACUGUGAAAAAACAAAGCAUGUAGUGCAAAUA